CGCCCCCCCCCCUCCGACCCGCCAUUGCGAGUCGGUGGCUCUGAGGUAAAAUUUAAACAUUUUAUUAUUUUAAACUCGCGACGUCAAACACAAAGAUUCUCCCAUCCCCACCCAGAAUAGGGAGGGGCAAAGUGUUAGCGGUAGCGAGUAGCAGCACACGCGAAGUGCCGACAUUGCGGGUGGCUAACACCACGCCCGGCCGUCUUUGUCUCUCCCCACUGCUAAUGUUUACACACACACACGAGACACCAGGCACUCAGUCGACUCCGAGUCUAACUGCGACACACAGCACCAGCUAGUAAGAGCAUUCAUUCGACUCCGAGUCUAACUGCGACACACAGCACCAGUUAGUACGAGAAUUAAUUCGAGUCCCGAGUCGCACUGCGCCACAGACACCCACCACACACACCGAGCCAUGCCCGACUUACUGGCGGAGAAGGCGGAGGCCGCGUGGCGCUUCGUCCGCGCCUCCAUGUUCGUGCUGGGGGAGAGUUCGGCGCGCUUCUACGCCGACGCGACGUGGAGCCGCGUGGUGACAGGGGGGGACGAGGGGCCCGGGGGGCCCGGGGCGCACGGGGGGGACACGUCUCCCGCUCGAGUUCUCGGGGCCCUGCUGGGUGACGUCACGUCACGUGACGCGCUCACCCGCCAAUCGCGGCCGGGCGACGCCGACCACGCAGCCGCAGGUUCAAAUCCAACCGCCGCCGGUGCCACGUUCACGAGCGGGGGGAGGCUGACGGAGGUGGGUGUGUUUGUGAGGGAGGUGGAGAGGCACACGCUGGAUGGCCUCGGGCUGUGCACUUCACUCAAGCCCAGCAUUCAAGAUUUGGCUCCCGCACUGGACCUCAGGAACUGCAUCAUGAGUCCCAAGAAAUGCCACGAGGUGCAGACGAUGGCGGGGGCCGUGGCGAGCCUCGCCCAGAGCUGCGGACUCCACCAGGUGGUGGAACUGGGCUCGGGCAAGUCGUACCUGGGCUCGGAGCUGGCCUGGCGCUACUCGUUCCGCGUCGCCGGCCUGGACUCGAGUCCCACGGUGACGCGGGGAGCCGAGCGGCGGGAGGGGAGGCUGCUGGACAGACGGCGCGGAAGGGGAGGGGGCGGAGGCCGGGCGGCGGGGAGGCCGGGCGAGACGUCGGCCGUCCCGCAGAGUGCACGCCCUGGCGAGGCGGGAGGUCACGCGACGGUGAACGCUCACGUGACCCCCGGCACCGACCUCCAGGUGGUGCUGGCCGACUCCGGGGUGUGCGUGAGUGAGGGCGUGCUGCUGGCCGGCCUGCACGCGUGUGGCGACCUCUCCUCCACCGCGGUUCGUCUCUUCUGCUCCUCUCCGCAUGCCCGCGCCCUCUGCCUCGUCAGCUGCUGCUACCACCGCCUCACAGAGCAAGGAGACGCGGGUGAGAAUCUGUCCUCCUUGCCAGGAUUUCCUAUGAGCCAGAAGCUGUCCUCAAUGCAGUGCAUGCUGGGAAGGAAUGCCCGCAUGACGGCAUGUUUGUCUCGGGAACGAGCGAGGCAUGGCAAAGGGCUCCCUACAGAUUCGCUGUUUUUCUGGGCCGUGCUGCAAGUACUCAUCCGAGACCAUUACGACUCCGGCUCCAGCGACGAGCACGUGGGAAAGGUGUUCUCGAAGAGCCGGAGCUUUGUCGAUUACUGCCGAAGAGUCCUGGAAAAGAUGGGGCUUGAUCACGCCAAGCUCACAGAUUCUGAAAUCCAGAGCUACCAUGACCGUUACAUCGACAGAAAGGUCGAACUUGAAGCUUUCAAUCAGAUGAAAGCCGCCCUCGCUCCCUGUGUGGAAGCUCUCAUUUUAACGGAUCGCUUGUGCUAUCUACAAGAACAGGUAAACACAUUCAACUCUUUGUUAAUUUGUAAGGAACGAAACAGUAAGACUUCUCCACAAAUCUGGCCGUCGCCUGAUGAAGCUGGUUGUAAUUACUGGCGAAACGUCGUACUCAGAUUGUAAAUGUUGUGGCUUGGUUCUCCAACACACCUGUGUGCUGUACUAGUAUAAUACACUAUACACUACACUAUACAGUACUACACACUACACUAUACACUAGACUAUA